AUGGGCCAGCAGUUAGCUUUGGAUGAUAGAGUGCUACGGUCCAUGGGUGUGGGCAAAUGCUUCAAGGACGGUCACCAGCGAAUAAACUCCAUGGACUUCUGCCGGACGGAGGACCUGCUGGUGACGGGCAGCGAUGAUGAUUCCAUCCGCGUGUACGAUGUCGCGCGGGGCGUGCCGGUGGACACGCUCCACAGCCGCAAAUACGGCGUUCAGAACGUGUGCUUCACACACGACCCCGCCUGCAUUGUCUACGCUUCUCGAAAGCUCAAACCCACGGAGGCCCAUGCGCUCCGAUACCACUCCCUCCACAUGAAUCAGUACCUGAGAUACUUCACUGGACAUACCGCCCAGGUGUGUGUCAAUUCCCUGUGCUUCUCGCCCAAGAAUGACACAUUCGUAUCGGCGGCGCAGGACAAGACUGUACGGCUGUGGGAUGUACGGACAAACAUUUGCCAGGGCUGUCUGCAGGUCCCGGGCAACCCGACCGCCACCAUCGAUCAGCAAGGACUCGUGUUCGCGGUGGCUACGGAGUCGGGCAUCAUCAAACUGUACGACUUGAGGUCGUACGACAAGGGACCCUUUGAUACGUUCACGGAGAAGGGCAACCCCACGGGUUUUGCGGAUAUCAAGUUUUCGAACAACGGCAACUUGCUCAUGGCGGUGGUGGAGGGCCGAAUAUAUUUGCUGGACGCUUACAAGGUACCAACAAGGAAGGACGGUGAAUGCGAGCGCGAGACCGGUACGGCAGUGGAGGCCGCGAUCACAGCGGACAACCAGUACCUUCUGACCGGAUGUGACGACCGGGCGAUUCGCGUGUGGCACAUCGACAGCGGUCGUGAGGUGGCGGUGUGGCAAUGUCACGCCCAGAUACCCGCCUGCCUGAGGACGUCCAAUCGGAGAGUGCUGGUGGCGAGUGCAUGUACGGCACUAGUGCUGUGGAUUCCCAACCUCAAAAUCCUGGAGGGCCUGCCGCCGCCUUGA